AUGAUGAACGGUUAUGGAAUUAAAGACGGCGGCGAGAUCUUUCCAGUGAGCUUACAAUUCGGAGGACACAAAUUAUGUGGAAGUGGAAGAUUUUCAAAUGUAUACUGUGGACAAAUGAUUGGACCGAUCAAAAAGGAGGUGGCUGUCAAGAAUGUGUGGUCUGACACAGAGACACGGCAUUUGCCAACGACUCAGUAUCCGGAAGUUCAAAUAUUAUCUGAAGUUUUUCAUCCGGCGAUCUCAAAUUUGUUGUAUUUCUAUUCGAGAAACGCUAAUAAUAAGACAAUCCACUGUCUUGUUCUUGACUACUUGCCAAGCGAAAUGGCAAAAUUAAGGGAUCAAGGAGUAAAAUUUGAUGUUCUAGAUGCAAAGUUCUACACAUUUCAACUAUUUUGUGCAAUAUCACAUUUAGCGUCGAAAAACAUUGUUCAUAUGGAUAUCAAACCACAAAAUGUGAUCAUGGAUCGGAUGAAAGGCCUUCUGAAAUUGGCUGAUUUUGGAAACGCUCGACGAUUGGAAACCAGUGAGAAGACGGGUGGUGCUUAUCAGGUGACACGAUUUUAUCGACCUCCAGAGCUUCUCUUUGGAUGUGAGAAGUUCACACCAGCAAUUGACAUCUGGUCAGCAACAUGUGUGGCAUUCGAAUUGUUUGCUAAUCGAGUAUUGUUUAGAGGGAAAGACACAAAAGACCAAAUUAUGUUGAUAACCGGAGUUCUCGGAUAUCCGACCGACGAAGACAUUAAAAGUAUGGGAGUCAAACGUCCGAGAGUGGCAAGAAAGGAAGCGAGAGGGAUAGAAACGUUCACCAGUAAGAUGCUCGAUCCAGAUAUGUACGAAUUUAUGAAAUCCACUCUAAAAAUUGACCCGAAGAAGCGGAAAACUGCAGCUGACGUGCUGAAAAUGUCCGUUUUCGAUGUCAUAAAAGCAGUACCACGGAAGAAAAGAUCAAAUGGAAUGGAGGUUCCAAAUGUAAUUGGGUACACGGAAAUGAAUCACAAAAGAGAAUGCAUUGAAGUUGAACCAGCACCAGCAGACAUUGAAACAACUGAAAAGGCUGAAAAAGAAUCUAAAAGUUCGUCAUCGCAUUCGACUGAAGAAGAAACUCGGAAAUAA